AUGUCGCCGUUCACAGUUCGAGGAACAGUGUCUUUCGGAGACGCCGAUGAUUUAACCUUCGACACGGUGACAACCAACAUCUACAAGAGAGAGUUUGUUGAGAGCCUUCCAGUCUCAACAAUAUUCCGCAACACUGACAUCCCGAAAGCAUUCUUGUGCUCUGCUUCGGGUGAAGACAAGGAAUUACUUACGUUGUCUUGGAAAAUAGGAGAUGUACUAGUAGAUGAUGAGGUAGAGCACGUGACCCUAAGAGAUGAGUCAGACAGCAGCUCAACCACCACCAAGAUCAGCAAGUUGACAAUAACAGCCAACAAACCAACUUUCAACGCUCAGUUCAAAUGUAUCGCUACCUGGAGUGGCGUAAAUGGAAAAUCAAUCGAGUCGACAUCUGACGUUAACGCUGUUGGAGUAGCCGUGGAUGAGAACACGUUCAGCACCGGUUCCUCUGGAGACGGAGUAUUAAGUUGUGUGGUGUGGGGUGAUUCACCCCCAUAUUCUGUCACGUGGUCUAACGAAAGGGGUGAUGCUAUCACCAACCAACCUGAUGAGACAGAAAUUGCAGACAGUAUAACAGAAGGCAUUACUUACACCCACUUGCUCACUGUUAAGAAGAUGUCGUUUGGGGAUCAAGGAAAAUACACCUGCUCAGUUGUGUUUGUGGAAAACGAAACCCCCGUUAAUGUCGUCACAACUCUUCACAAGCUUUCUGCAAGUUUCGAACCAGCAACACCAUAUUUCGUCCACGAGAAAACUGUCCAGUUCUCCUGCGUGUACAACGGUUUGGAUGACCCGCAGAAUAUCAAAUGGUUCAGGAGUUUAACAGACGAUGCUGAAAACCUAAUCAGCAACAGUGAUGCUAAGUACACCAUUACCACUGGCAACUUCAACAAGGCCUCCAGAACGAAGACUAGCGUUAUCACUGUAGAGUAUGUUGAAGUCACUGACAGUGGCGACUACACCUGCAAAUGGACCACCGAAACCUUCAAUCCUAAGUCAACAAUGGUAGUCUCUGUUCGAUUGCUGACCACUCUCUACAACGGUAUACAGCACUCUACAACGGUAUACAGCACUGACGGGUCAAUAAAGAUCACGUGCAACUACGAGGGUACAACGAGUGGCACCAUGGAGUGGUACUAUAAUAGCCAGAAACUGGAAGAUGCUGCUGAUGAUGCCAUCACCAUCAACCCCGGUUCCCUGCAGAGCAAUGCUCAGCAGUACACUCUGACAAUUACUGACGUUACUCCGCCUGACAAUGCGGGGUCUUACAGCUGUGUUCUGUUGUUCACAGACGGGGACAGUCUGCGUGCAAGCACGGAGGUUGUGGUGCGAAAAUCAUCCUCAGUCGACAGAGCGGGCACUGCUGAAUCCACCAUAGUUGUAACUGGUGAUGAACUUUCUGCCAGAUGCCUUAUGGAAGGUGACAAGGUUCCCUCUGGAGUGACAUGGACUAAAGGUGGCGAUAAGAUCGUGUUCGAUGGAUCCACUAAGAUAGAAAACACGAAUACCAAACAACUGGAAAGCAGCGUAAGGUUUUUCAGCAACAUAACUAUAAAAAGCUUCGAUUUUGCUGACGAGGAUAGUUACAUCUGUAGCUUCAAUUUUGGGGACGGUAUUAAUGUGCAAUCAACAAUAGAGGUCGUGUCUGCUAAAAUUACCAACAAUGAAUGUGAGUUUGUGGAGAUCCGAACCGACACCAGCAAGACCCUUACCUGUACUUACCAUGGUAGUAGUGCUGCCACUGCUGUUUCCUUUACUCGACCAGACGACUCAGUUGUUGCUGGAGUAUUGGCUGAAUUCAGCGCUGGAGGGGAUGCCAUUACGGCAGGUUCCCAAACGGGUAGUUACGCUGUAUCUAGUGUGAGUGAAGCGUCCAGUGGUUCGUACAAGUGUACCUUCACUUUAACAGGAGGGAAGACUGUGGAGUUCAUUCAGAGACUAACUGCAAGGAAGGCUGUCAUCGAAUCAUCAGCUGGUCUAAAUGCAGAUCUCAUCGUACAGGCUUCUAUAACUCUGACUUGUACCGUUACCUCUGGUGCACGGUCUUUGGACUGGUACAAGGGAGUGGCCAAGCUGAUCGAGGAGCAAAAUUACGAACGAAUAAAAGUAUCAGAAUCAGAUGACCUGGUUUCCAAAAUAACUUUUAACAUCGCUGACGACAGCGCAGGGUCAUACACGUGUCGUGCGGUGCAAUACGACAAUUUCUGCCCUACCGAGGAAACGUUUAACUCGGAACCGGUUGUGGUGUCAAUCAUAGCGGCAGCUCUAAUAACAAACCCUGCUAGUGCCACCGCUUAUGGUGGUGCAAGCCACGUGUUUGAAUGCGUGUUCCCUAAUCCAUUCGGAACUGAUUAUAACGAAAUCACGUGGUCUUUCAAAAGUGCUGGGGAUUCUGUUGCUAGGCCGAUGAUAGGAAAUGGAGAUGUGUACAAUGACCAAAAUGAGAGAGUUAUCGAUGGAACAAAGGCAUCUGACAGCUCGGUUGCAAAUAAAAUCUCAACCACCCUCACCAUCGGAAGUGUAAACUCGGACGCAGCAGGAGAGUAUAUCUGUUUCAUAAAGUGGGGAAGAAUAAUCAUCAAGUCCGCAGCCGCCACACUAAAAGUAAGAGAAAUCUCUUCUCCACCCGAAACAACCAACGUGGCCAAGGGAGGAGAGGCUAAGUUCACUUGUAAAACUUCCGGUGACAGCGCAGUGUUAAUCACCUUUCACAAGACAAGUUGUGAUGAGUCAGUUGGUACAGUUGUUGUGACUGAAGCUACAUCUGGUGACAAUGUGACUACCACUGGAAUAUUGACCAUUGCUGGUGUCACAGCUACAGAUCACGGUAUUGAGUAUUAUUGCAAAGCAGCUUGGGGUGAAAACACAGUGGAAUCAGGUAAGGUGUUCUUAUCUGUUUUGGAUAUAACGAGCUCAACAGAAACCGUGUGGGGCCUCGCUGGUUAUGUAGCGGAGUUCAAAUGUUAUUCAGAUGCUUUGCUCAAAGCAAACGCGAACGGCGAUCCGUAUUUGGUCAACAAGCAGAAGACAUACGCCGAUGCUCAAAUAAGUUGGGAGGUUUUUGACACUUCAGACACAUCCUGGAAAUCAACUGCUUCAAAUUCACGAUUCGUGGUUAAGACAUCGAUGAGAAGCAAUGAUGGAGUAAGUUUGUCUCCUAUGUCUCUCAAUAACCUGGAGGAAGGUGAUAACGAUCUGAAAGUAAGAUGUAACAUCGCCUACCAAACAGAUGCAGCCAACAACUUCUACGGAGGUACAGUCACCUCAGGAGAAUUGACCAUGAAGAUCGGUUCCAUCACAUCCUUCACUUCCUCUAAAUCUGAUCCACUGGUUGGAGAAACCAUUACUCUAACCUGUACUGCAACCGGAGAAAUUGCUCCUACUUUCUCUUUUACAACCCACGGGAAGAACCAUUUCGACACUACCUUCUUUAAGUUGGUGAAGGCUGCAACUGUUACUUCAGUCGAUUCAGUACACACUGCGGAAUACACUACAGAGACUCUCAGGGUUAACACGAUGAUAAAUGGGCAAGUUGUCAACUGUCUGGCUGACUACGGAUUAGCUCAGAAAACAGAGAAAGAAUUGACAGUCACAACAUAUUUCAAUUGUGCUGAUGUCACAUGGAAAUCAUUAAAUCCAGAUGGAAAUGGAGCGACAAUAGCACAGGAAGAUCUUGGUGAUGGUUCUCUGAAGCAGACUAUAACCUGCCCUGUUAACUCAGACCAAGCUAGAUUUGAAUUAGUUACCCCGCCCGGCUCGGCUGCAGCAAUAACUUGCACCAAGGAGACUGGAAAGUAUGACAACUCCCUUGCCCGGUGCAAAGAAACAAACCCAUUAUCCACCGGUACGGGAAUACAAAAGAUGGGUGUUGCAAACAGCGCAGAGCAGCCAGCGCCUUGCACUGCUGAAGCAACUGGGGAAUAUUCGAUUGCAAUAAUGAAAGAAAAACUGAACUCACCGAACGAUGUUUUUUGUGGUAUUAGACAUCAAGUUACGUGUUUGGGUGACGGAACGUGUACUCUGGAUACAGACAAAACAAAUUGUCGUUACGAGGACGGCAAGGUGAUUAUAGAGUACUUUGUUAACUUGACACCUGGUGUUUGGACUCUCGCUGAGAGACAUCCUCUCAUAGUAUUGAAAGAUAAAAUUCAGUUCUGGAGCUGUUCAAACGAUUAUAAUAAAAGGUAGUUAUUAAAAAAGUUAUUAUUUAUAUUAAAAAAGUUAUUAUAUUUAUAUAUAAAUAUGAGUUUAUUUUAAUGGUGUGGACUGUUUAUUUGAGUUUCUAUUAAUGGUGUGGACUGUUUAUUUGAGUUUCUUUUAAUGGUGUGGACUGUUGAUAUGAGUUUAUUUUAAUGGUGUGGACUGUUUAUAGAUACGAGUUUCUUUAAAAAAGAUUACUUGAUGGUUUUUCGUUGUUCCCUGGUGCAUAGUUGAAAUUUUUGUUUUAAUGAAACUUUAUAAAGCUCCAAUGAUUAAAAUAAUCGUUUCGUCCUCUAGGCAAAA